AUGCCCUCCACCAACGGAGCUACCUCAGAGGGCCCCAAAACCAUCUCGACCUUGCCCGGACCUGAUCACAACUACAAGAUCACACUUAAGGACAAGGUCAUUGCCAUCUCUGGUGCAAACCAAGGAAUCGGCCUGGGAAUCGCCGAGGUCUGCCUCGCCAACGAUGCUGCCUACGUCUACUCCCUCGACAUCUCAGAACCGGGCCCCGCCUUUGCCGAACUGUCGAAAAAGUACCCCGACCGUCUCGCCUUCCACCACUGCGACGUGACAGCCUACGAGUCCGUGGACAAGGCCCUCGACGCCAUCAUCGAAGCCAAGGGCCGGUUUGACGGCAUGGUGGCCAACGCGGGCGCCACCAACCACAAGCCCGCGCUCGACUUCACCCCUGAGGAGUUUGACUUUUUGUUCAAGCUCAACGUGGUCGGGAGCUGGAACUGCGCGACGGCGGCGGCUAGAAAGUUCAUCAAGCUGGGCUGCAAGGGCAGCGUCGUAUUCACCGCCAGCAUGACGUCGUAUCGGCCGAACCGCGCCGCCCCCAGCGCUCCGUACGGUGCCACCAAGGCCGCCAUCCGCAACUAUACCCACACUCUGGCGAUGGAGUGGUCACAGUACGGCAUCCGCGUCAACAGCAUCAGCCCCGGGUUUGUAAAAACUGCCCUGACGUACUACGUCGAGAGGAGCCCGGAUUGGGACACCAAGAUGAAGUACUAUGGGGGUAUGCCGAGGUUGGCGUUACCGCAGGAGCUGGGGGGCGCGUAUGUGUACUUGUUGAGUGAGCAGGCGACGUACACGACGGGAAUCGACAUUCCCAUUGCGGGAGUUGUUGGUGCUUGGUAA